AUGAUAGCCGUGGCAGGCGUGGUGCAAUGUCGAUGUCAAGACAAAUACGACUACAUUAUAGCGGGCGCGGGAACCUGCGGCCUUGUUGUCGCCAACCGGCUCUCCGCUGAUCCCACUACGACCGUCUUAGUGAUUGAGUCCGGCCUUGACCAGCGGUCCAACCCAAAUGUGACAUCAGUCCUUGGAUUCAUGACGGCCUUCAACACAUCCAUCGAUUGGGCGUACGACAUCAUCCCCCAGGCCAGCCUCGGCGGCCGGAACAUGCAGUACCACGCCGGCAAAGCAUGGGGCGGCACCAGCACCAUCAACGGUAUGACGUAUCUUCGGGGCGACCGUGCUGAGAUCGAUGCCUGGGAGGCCCUGGGAAACACCGGGUGGAACUGGGAUGCCUUGUGGCCGCACUACAAGGGCGUAGAGCAUUUCGAGAUUCCUACGGCAGCUCAGCUGUCGGCCGGCGCGGGCUGGAACCCGGCAUUUCAUGGACUGGAAGGGGAGUUGGCCACGGGAUAUCCGUUCGAGCUGUACAACGGAAGCGUGCACGAGCCAUGGCGCCAAACCUGGGAGGGACUUGGAUUCCCUUUCAACGAGGAUGCGAAUGGUGGAGAUAUCAGGGGCAUCAGUAUCUGGCCGUACACCUUGGACAGAGAUGCGGAUAUUCGGGAGGACUCUGCACGAGCCUUCUUGCACCCAAUUGAGAAAAGGACCAACCUGAGAAUCAUACAGGGAACAGUAAAGCGGGUUAUUUGGAAGGAUGGUGACGACUUCGAGGCCGACGGAGUCGAAUAUCUGACGGCAGAUGGUGAGAGUGUAAUCCAGCAGGCGCGAAAGGAGGUGAUUCUAUCGGCUGGUGCCAUGCGCUCCCCGUUGAUACUGGAGUCAUCGGGCAUCGGCCACAAUGAAACUCUUACGAAGUUGGGCAUUCACACCAAGAUUGACUUGCCAGGAGUGGGGGAGAACCUGAUCGAGCAGCCUCUCAACGCGUUAGGCUACACGGCAAACCUUCCCAACUCAACCGGCACAGUAACCCCCUUUGGCCUUUUCAUCAACGCGGAAGACAUAUUUGGCGACCAGACAGCUAGUCUGGGAGCAGCAACGAAGGCGAAUCUUUCCGACUGGGCGGCGCAGGUCUCAGCCGCGAACGGGGGCAUCAUUGAUGCCGAAGCCGUACUGAAAGUAUUCGAAGUCCAGCACGAUCUCAUCUUCAACCAGAACGUCACUAUCGGGGAGAUAUUGACCUCCUUCGGCGUCUUGUACGGGUUCAGCUACGUGGUUAACGUCGGAUGGCCUCUAUUGCCGUUCUCCAGGGGUAGUGUUCAUCUCAAGUCCGCCGAAGAGAUCGACAACCCAGUCAUUGACCCGAAGUACCUGCUGGUUGACUUUGACACGACAAUGAUGGCUGGGAUGUUUCGGGUAGCGCAGGACUUCUUUUAUCAGAAACCCUUUAGUGACUUGGUGACUGGGUACGCGUUGCCCGGCGAUGCCGUGCUUCCGCGAAAUGCAACGGAGGAGCAAUGGCAAGCAUGGCUUGUGGAUACAGUGUCGCCCAACCAUCACGCUUUGGCUACAGCAGCAAUGAUGUCGCGCGAGCUAGGAGGUGUAGUAGAUCCGGAGCUGAGAGUGUACGGCACGCGCAACGUGCGGGUGGUUGACGCAUCGGUCGUACCUCUGCAGAUAAGUGGUCAUCUUACUGCCACCCUUUACGCACUUGCUGAUCGAGCGGCGGCUAUCAUCCUUGGAGAUGUAUGA